GUCUCGCAGGAAUUACAUUGUAACUCUGAAUUGUUCUGAACACAUUUCUAUCUCUCUUGACGACGACAACGACGAAUGACAAGGACUUUGUUGUAUACUUCUUAAGAUCCAACGAUUCGCGCUGUGACAUCGAUUCUGCGACGUCUCUGGCCUGGGUGACGCGACCGCGCAGGCCCUCUCUCUUCUUUAAGAUGAUCCCAUUGCGAUAAUCGAGAUUCGAGACUCGAGACUCGAGACCGCCACCCUUCUUCUCAAACAUCGGCCACCCACAAUCUUCCAAUCGCUCUUUCACAUACGCAGCCAUGGCAGCACCUCGAAGAGGGCCGCAAGCCCAGUCAUCCUCGCACUACAACACCCUUCCCGACCUGCCCUCCAUCUCAGCGCUGUUCCUCAUCGACUUCGAUGUCAAGGCCGGGUACACAAUCAUAUGGAAGCAGUCGAUCCCGGGCCUCGAGCUCGAGGGCGUGGUGGAAUACAAGAGCCUCCCCUCUGGCCUGCACACCGUCUCCGAGGACCUGAUCUACUUUGUCCAUGAGGAUGGCUACGCCGGCCUGAGCGCCUUUGUCAACGCCCCCACCGACGAGGAGGAAUCCCGUCAUGCCCGCAUGAUCGCCGUCGGCGUACUCGUGCCCCUCAGCUAUGGGCGACUGGGCAGGGCAUGGCGGCAUGCGGAUGCCCUCAAGGAUCUGGCCGCUAAGCUGGCCGUCGACCGCAAGCAGACGUGGGCGCUGGACGAGUACUGGGACUUGUGCAGGACACGGGACCCAAACCAUCUGCCUGAGCCCAUCAGGGACUCGCCAAUGGCAUCGCCGGCGCUGGGCAAGAGGGCUCUUCCCAAGGGACACGUGAGGGACAGGUCUGCGUCCGAGGGAGGCGCGCUGAUGCAACCUGGGCACAGGCUGUCGCCCUUUCAUCCAGCCUGGAGUCUGAACAAUCUGCUGGACACUUUUGGACCAUUAAUCUUCCCCAUACAACGAGCAGCUUUGUUACGGAAGCGCAUCUUGAUCUCUACCCACACGCCCGUCAACGAGGCGUGUAAUUUUGUGUACAAUAUUUCCGUCCUCGCCAACAUACCAUUUUCAGUAUUCGACCUCUUAGAUCCCUCCGCCCCAGCCCAGAGGCUUCGGCCCCUCUUCACGAUCGGCGUUCAUGAUAUUCCCUUCCUCAUGGCCGACAGCGCCCAAAGGCCAGGCCCGACGCCCGAGCAGCCAUCGAACCCACUCGGCAGCGCCAGCUCCGGCUGGGUCGCCUGUACGACCGACAGCAUCCUCGCCAUGAAAGACGACCUGUGGGACGUCCUCAUCACCAUGCCCCAGACACAGCCCACCAACACAAAGGAGAAGGUCUGGCCUACCGUCGAGUCCCCCAAAGGCAUACCAGUCAAAGCCACCCAGCGCGACCUGCGGCGCUUCCGCACCCUCAAGGCCGGUCUGCGCCGUGUCGCCGCCGCCGCCGCCACAAGCACCGCCCGCCAGCCCCGCCUCUCUACCUCCUCUGUCAAGACAACCUCGUUCCUGCACAACGGUGAGGAUUCCCACACCCUCGCCGACGCCGCCGACAAGAUCGUCGAGCCUGUGACGUGGGCGGCCCUCGCGUACAGCGGGUUCAUAUGGUGGGCGUCUGCAGGCGAGCAGAGGCGGUCCGACGAGGCCGAGGAGGCAGCGCACGACAACGGGCUGCUGGCGGAUCUGAUACCAGGCCCUUCCCCCGGCAACCCGACUCCCCAGCAGAGACGGCCCAGCGGCAGCUUCAACGUUACGGGCAUGAGCGGCGGGCUGGGCGAGAGCACAACUUCACUCACCGCGCGACGGGCCACCACCACAGCAGACGGGUCCGCGUCAGCAGGUGGCGCUGGCGCUGGCGCUGGCGCCAGUGUUGAUGGCGCAGAGGCAGAAGAGGACCGCGCCAGGGUUGAGCUGGGCAUCAUCACCUACUUCCACCGCUUCACGGCCACCGUGCUCGGGACGCUGGCCGAGAUCGUCGCCGCGACCGACGAGGAGGAGGAGGAGGAGGAGUACAACGACGACUACACAGAUCUCGACACCUCGCGGACCCAGUCCGAGGUGGACGAGGACCGUGUCGCCGCCACUCCCACCGCCGAGGUCCGGGUAGACAGCGAUGCGCUCGCGGCCAUGGGUCUCGAUGUCUGGAGUCACGCGGACGCUGCCUUUGUAAAGGAGAUUGUCGCCAUGUAUUUCGACCGGCAGGCGAGGGUGGAGGGCAAGGGUGUUGAGGUGUGCGGAUUGAGGGUCUGUUGAAUUGGAUGUGAUGGAUGAGGUUUCUUUUUCCCUUGUCAUCUUCUCUACUGUAGUUGUAUAGAUGUGGGCGCCAGUAGAAAAAGGGUUGGGAGGGGGUGGUUAAGAGCAUGGUGAAAGUUGCUUUCGACGAGGCAGCCAGAAAGAAGUUGGAGUAGGAGGCGUACUAUGUGAAGAGUACAAGGACAUGUAGAUGUAUAGCCAGCCACCCAAUGGCGUCUUUUCCUUCUG